GGGGGGAGGCUGCUAGCACCACCAGAGCGGAUCCACGGCAGCCGGGUGAAGCCCACGCUCCGCGGGGGGGAGGAAGGAGAAGAAGAAGAAGAAGAGGAAAGAGAAGAAGAAGGAGGAGAAGCGCGCGCGUGGGAGAGGAUGGAGCUGAAACCCACGGGAGGUUAAUAUAGUAUCCCACCGCCGAAAACCAGGGGCUUGUAAAGAAACGGGGUCCGACUCGACGGGGGGCGGCAGGUUGAAUUCGGCACAGUUGGAGGAAAAAAAAGUUCCGCGGCUUGUAUACAAUGGUGAUAAAUGGGUCUCACCUGAACAGCUCCUCGCCAGACCCCAGUGACGCCGUGCUGAGCCGCCCGCCGUGGGUCACCACAACUUUGGGCUGCUUCCUCAUCUUCACCAUCGUCGUGGACAUCCUGGGCAACCUGCUGGUCAUCUUCUCCGUGUAUCGGAACAAGAAGCUCAGGAACGCAGGGAACAUCUUUGUGGUGAGCCUGGCAGUGGCAGACCUCGUGGUGGCCAUCUACCCGUACCCUCUGGUCCUCACCUCCAUCUUCCACAAUGGCUGGAACCUGGGUUACGUCCACUGCCAGAUCAGCGGCUUCCUCAUGGGUGUCAGCGUCAUCGGCUCCAUCUUCAACAUCACGGGCAUCGCCAUCAACCGAUACUGUUACAUCUGCCACAGCCUCAAAUACGACAAACUGUACAGUGACAAAAACUCCGUCUGCUAUGUGAUGCUGAUCUGGGCUCUGACUGUCGUGGCCAUUGUGCCCAACCUGUUCGUGGGUUCCCUUCAGUACGACCCGCGGGUGUACUCCUGCACCUUCGAGCAGUCGGCCAGCUCGGCGUACACGAUCGCGGUUGUUUUCUUUCACUUCAUUCUGCCCAUCAUGAUUGUCACCUACUGCUACUUGCGCAUCUGGAUAUUGGUCAUCCAGGUGAGGAGGCGGGUGAAGCCAGACAAUCGGCCCAAGCUGACGCCGCACGACGUCAGGAACUUUGUCACCAUGUUCGUGGUGUUCGUGCUCUUCGCCGUUUGCUGGGCGCCGCUCAACUUCAUCGGUCUGGCCGUAGCAAUCAGACCGCAGGUAGUGGUUCCCCUGAUCCCCGAGUGGUUAUUCGUGGCCAGCUACUUCAUGGCUUACUUCAACAGCUGCCUUAAUGCCAUUGUGUAUGGUGUGCUGAACCAGAACUUCCGGCGAGAGUACAAGCGUAUUGUAGUGUCAGUGUGUACAGCUCGUAUCUUCUUCCAGGACAGCUCCAACGACGCGGGGGAGAGGCUGAAGAGCAAACCAUCGCCGCUCAUGACCAACAAUAACCAGGUGAAGGUGGACUCGGUCUGAACUACAACACAGAGACAUGAAUGGAUAUGCUGUUACUGAGAGGUUUAAAAAAAAAACAACAACAACAAAACACAACAAAACAAAACAAAAAGCUGAGUGAGUAAAAAUACCAAAUAUAAAUCUAAAGCAGCUUCUAUCCUCUGAGCUGUCCAGACAGUCAUACGGUGCUAUCUGACCUCUGAACAAUCACAGUAAGAACAGGGGUGCAUAUAAUCUUCGUCCUUUAUCAAGCACUUUUGUUUGACUCUGCAGUACCUGUAGUACAGUAAAUAUAUGGUCUGUUUUGUUUUCAUGUUUACAGUGAUGAUAUAAAUGUAUCAUGCAUUAUUAUAUAAGUAUUUAUUUUGUAUCAAAUGUAAUGUAGAUAUAUAACAAGAUAUAUCAGGUUCCAGUUAAAUGAAGCAAAAUUUUGAGGCCAAUAAAAAAAAUCUAUAUAUAUAAAAAAUUUAUACAAAACUUGGGUUGAAAAUAUAACCACCAGUUUAUAAGUGAAGUUAACCGAUUUUAAUAAUCUCAUUUGUGACACUGUAACACUAAUUGAGUGCGAGCAAUGUGGGUUGCUGCUGUCUUAUUAUACCCUACAGUACCGUCCCUUACAUUAGGUGGAAUAUAUAUUUUAGUAAAACAAUCUCUCUCUCUCUCUUUCUCUCUCUCUCUCGCUCUCGCUGUCUCUCUACCACCUUGUGAGCUCAUUAUACUGUAUGCAUGAAUAUCAGGAAUUGUUCAUAUGCAAAAUAAAAUCUGAUAUUGAUGGGGGA